AUGAAGUCCCGCUCUACUGCGCCACCCAGCAGAUCGCGUCCUUCCGGAGUCGCUCUUUCGGCCGCAGAAGAAGAGCCGCAGAAAGUGAACGAGCUCACCCCUUCCCUACCCGAGCCUCCUGUAUCUGCUACGGAUAGUGUAAUGUCCCUUCCCCUUCUGAACAUGGUCCGGGGUGUACCAUUUAGUCAUCGAGUCCCUUUACGGGUCACGAACCCAGAUAGGUUGUCUGUAAUUUCUGAUAUCGGUGAGGCGAGUCAGUGUCGUCUAGAAUCAUUGAGCUCAACAUGGCCAGAUGUCACUAAAAUUGAACCUGAGAAGCUGGCGAAAGCGAUGGCAGUCACAUUUGAACAAGGUAAGGCUCUUCUGCCAAAGGUUUACGGCUUUCAUGGCUGA